GCCAGGCAUUGUCUGACAUUCCGUCGCAAAUUUCACUAGUAAUUUCAUUCUACUUUUCGUGUUGUUUUAACUUAACCCAGCAUCGAGUUUUCUUGAUUUUCUUUGCACAAAUAAAACUCCAAUUUGAGCGCGAUUCUGCUGAACCACAGUGCUAGCUGCCCAACAGUAGACAACACCAUCAACGAGCUGCACCAGUCCGACAGGAGGCAGUAGGAGCGGAGUGGUGAGUCACUUGUGCUAACCCGCGCACGUAGCCAGUCGUCGGUGAAACGUCAGAGUCAAUAAACAAAAGUUGCCGGUAGCUGGAAGCGAUUUCUGGAAGCGAGUCUGUGCAGGGUGUGCGGCGGGCCAUAAUACAAUCAGGCGGAUCAGACAGACGACGACAGCGACAACGACAACGACAACGACAUCGACAUCGACUACGGAACGUGUCAGCGUCAACCAGAAUUCUACCAUGUGGCUGCUACUGUUGUGCUUUGGCCUGAUCUUCAGCUACGGCCUGGUCGCAUUUCAAGCAUUUUACCUGGGCCUGCUGGAUCGCAUCUUCAUCUGGACUUCGCGCUAUCUGACCGAGGAGAUACUGGCCAAUGAGCGCAAGGAACUGCAGAAGUUGGGCAAGGACUGGAAACGGAACCCAAAGGCUAAGGGCCAGCAGAAGUCGAAGCAGAACAAACGCAAGAGAAACAAAAAACAGUUGCUGCGACCGGUGAGGGGUGUUCUGUGCGAGCAGAUGCAGAUGUGCUGCGACAUGAUAGCCGAGGGCAUGGGCCUGGUAAUGGAGGACGAAGUGGCCCCGCGAUUUGUGUCGGCCCCCCUGCCGCCGGGCAAGUGGAAUCUGCUCACCCGUGACCUGAACGUGCCAUUGGGGAUGCUCAGCUUGCGCCUGAAACUGGUCUGGCUGCUGGCACUGCUCUUUCGCUACGUACUGCUGAUGCCGCUGCGUACGGUGACCUGUCUGAGCUGCCUGCUGGUGGUGCCAACGACCACCGCCGUGAUUGGUGUGCUGUGCAAAUUGCCGUGCAAUCGCCGCGCGUCCAGGUGGCUGCUGCGCCAGUGCCUCAACAUGACCGCAAACUUUGUGCCGAUACUGCGUCGCUACCACAAUCCCGAGAAUCGCCCCACCAAGGGCAUCUGCGUGUGCAACCACACCAAUCCACUGGACGUGCUCAUCCUCUCGUGCGAUGUGCACUACUCGCUGACCGGCCAGCGGCACGACGGCAUUCUCGGUGUAUUCCAGCGCUCGUUGUCGCGCGUCUCGCCGCACAUGUGGUUCGACCGCCGGGAGCCCGAGGAACGUGAGGCUCUCGGCGAGGCACUGCGCAAGCAUGUGCAGUGCCCGGACAAACCGCCCAUUCUGCUGUUCCCCGAGGGCACGUGCAUCAACAACAGCGCCGUAAUGCAAUUCAGGAAGGGCAGCUUCUCCGUCAGCGACAUCGUCUACCCGAUUGCCAUACGCUACGGCCGCCGCUACGGCGAGGCCUACUGGGACAGCACCCGCUACUCGAUGUUCCGCUACAUGCUGAUGCUGGUCACCGCCUGGUGCCUCAGCUGUGACAUUUGGUAUCUGCCGCCAGUGGCCCGUCUGCCCAACGAGUCGCCCGUGAACUUUGCCCAUCGCGUCAAGGGCAUGAUAGCCGACCAGGCAGGCCUCGACAAUCUGCCCUGGGAUGGCAAUCUGAAGCGCGUCAUAACCGAUCGCGACUGGUAAUAAUUGUAAUAAUUGUAUUUAAAUAAUCGCCAAAUAAAUGGCAUUUGCAUGAGGCUGCCACUAAGAUUG